CAGCUCAUUGUGGCCCUCGACUACUCCCAUAGGAUGGGAGUGUUCAACCGUGACCUGAAGCUCCAGCACCUCCUAAUGGAGAGCGCGGCAGCCACUGAUGAAUUCCUCGUUAUCAAGCUGAUUGACUUCGGGGACUGCAAGAAUGCCUCAGAGUCCACACCAGACUCCUACGUCGGAACCGGAAACUACAUGUCCCCCGAAGUCCUGUUCACCACCUUCGGCGGUCCAAAGUACGAUGGUCGCAAGGCCGACGUCUGGCUGGUAGGCUGCUGCCUAUACCGAAUGUUGUUUGGAGCGGAUGUGAAAAUCCCCCUCGAUCCGGAGUGGAAUUGCGCCAGCGACCCCAGCGAGUGGCCGCAGAACGCCGUCAAGACGCCACCCAGCCGCCUCGGCAACGGCGAGCUGCUGCCGCCCGUCUCUGCCGAGUGCAUGGACUUCCUCAACAGGACGCUGCAGGUGUGUCCCAGUCGGAGGAUCACCAUGGACGACGUCUGGGAGCACCCCUGGUUUCAGACCAACCUGCCUGCCGGCAACAGGGAAUACAACGACGCGCUGAUUGCCGAGGGCCCGCAGGACCUCCCGGACGGCAUUCAGACGGAUGAGGAGUUGAAAGGAAUCCUGGACAUGGCUUGA